UAAAUAAUUUAAAAUACAAAGAGAAUAACUACUAAAAGUUUAGAAGAACAUUUCCUCUUUGUUCACGUCUCCCACUUUAAUCCCCUAAUAUUUCAUCUUCCCUGAAAAAAUUAACUCCUUCAUAUUCCCUUUGAUUUCACAUGCUCAGCUAAACAAUGAUCAAGUUACACAAUUUCUUCAUACUUCUAAUCACUUUUCUACCCUCCAUUAAAUCACAGAAUCCCACUAACUGUGAUCGCUCAUGCCCCAACAGUGAACUCAAUCUCGUCCCCUACCCAUUCGGCUUCUCCUCCGGCUGCCAUAUCCAACUCAACUGCACCUCCGGGAGCGUUUUUAUCCGCGAAUUCCCUGUCCAGCAAAUCAACCCCGAUGGUAUUCUGGUCAGCCUCCCCGCCAUCUGCGGCCGCACCUUCAAAUCCCUCAGCCACCUCUACGGCGAACACUACGCUCCGACAUCAGCCAACGCCAUCCUCAUGGAAAACUGCACGCAGCAGAUGAAAAACUGCAUGAUUCCGAUGACAACGUUACAAACCCACCUGGAAACUGUCAACUGCAGCGGUGGUGUUGGAGGUUAUGGGAAUAUCAGUUGUUACUCCGGUGAUGUUUCUAAGAUGUUUCUUGAUUAUGAAAACAUGACUGGAAUGGGUUGCCGGUAUUUGUUUUCUGCCGUUGCAACGGAGAUGAUUGGGGCUAGCACGGCGGUUCUGUCGUUGAACAUGCAAGUGGUAAAUUUAGGGUGGUGGGUUAAGGGGACAUGCGACUGUUCUAGUGAUGCGGAUUGUACGGAAGUAGUGUCUCCGAUUGAUGGAAGCGAUGGGCAUCGGUGUGCUUGUAAGGCUGGGUUCGACGGCGAUGGGUUUAAAGCCAGCUCCGGUUGCCGGAAACAGAAAGACACUUCUCAUUGCAACCCUUCAAAAUAUUUCGCGGGUAACUGUGGAGGGACAGGUAGAGUUGGUGUUCUCGUUGGAGCUGCUCUUGUGGGAGCUUCAUUGAUUAUAUGCAUCGGAUUAAUUAUUUGCUUUAUUCGCCGGCGCACCAUUUCAAGAUCCCGAAGUAGAAUAAACAGACAGUUUUAUGAAGCUAAAGGCAUCACCAUUCCCAUUUACACUUACAAAGAGAUCGAAAAGGCCACAAACAACUUCUCAGAUAAACAACGACUAGGAACCGGAGCUUAUGGCACUGUAUACUCCGGCAAACUCAACAAUGGAGAAUGGGUAGCAAUAAAACGGAUUAAACACCGAUCCGACUGCGACAACAUCGAUCAAGUCAUGAACGAGAUCAAACUUUUGUCAUCCGUAAGCCACCCAAAUCUUGUUCGGUUGUUAGGUUGUUCCAUUGACAAAGAUGAACAGAUACUUGUUUACGAGUUCAUGCCAAAUGGAACCCUAGCACAACACUUACAGAAAGAGCGAGGUAAUGGGCUUCCAUGGGUUGUUCGCCUUACAAUCGUAACAGAAACAGCUCAAGCGAUUGCAUAUCUACACUCGGUAAUCAAUCCUCCGAUAUAUCAUAGAGAUGUAAAGUCUAGCAACAUAUUACUAGAUUACAGUUACAAGACAAAAGUAGCGGAUUUUGGUCUUUCUAGAUUAGGAAUAGUGGAAUCAUCACAUAUUUCAACGGCUCCACAAGGAACACCGGGAUACUUGGACCCUGAAUAUCACCAGAACUUCCAUUUAUCGGAUAAAAGUGAUGUUUAUAGCUUUGGGGUUGUGUUGAUUGAGAUUAUAACGGCUUUUAAAGCGUUGGAUUUUUCAAGAAGACAUAAUGAGGUCAAUUUGGCGUCACUAGCUAUUGAUCGGAUAAAAAAAGGUUGUCUUGAUGAGAUAAUCGAUCCUUCUCUUGACCAUAACAAAGAUACGUGGACGUGUUCAUCAAUCCAUAAGGUUGCUGAGGUGGCAUUUCGGUGUCUUGCAUUUCAUAGUGAGAUGAGACCUUCAAUGACUGAGGUGGCGGCUGAGUUGGAGAAAAUUAGGCCACCAAAAGAAGAGAAUGGUGUGGUAUCAAGGGAGGGAUCAAACCCUUCAUCAGUAUCUAUUGUUGAUGAGAAGGAGAUGAAUAUGGAGGUGAACAAUAUUGAAUCUGAUAAGAAGGGUUUGCUUGAUAGCAUGGAUUUGACAAAUGCUAAAAGCUGUUCACAAAAUUCUGCGGAGGAUCAAUGGCUAAGUGGGUCGAGCUCACCUUCAUCUAAUGGUUUACUUGGUUCGAGUUCAAGGAUGUAA